AGGGUGUGGCGCGUUGCUUGACCUUAUCCAACUAAAACCCCUGCAACACAACGCCCCAAACCCUGUCAUCUAUGGUGUCAAAACCCAUACAAAACCCCCACCAACCACUGAACCAACCAUCUUAAUGUUCAUCGCCCACCUUCUACAAAGAACAUUUCCGUCCACACUUAUCCUCAUCUACGCUAAUGGAACUUUCUUCCUCCUUUUUACUCCCCCCAAAACCAUGUUCGUCCUCACCACCUAACUUCUCUUUCUCAUGCUCCCUCUCUCCGUUUCCCAUUCAAGUUUUCAUCAGAAAUUUCAAAUCCCGAAACCCCACGUCCCAAAGCUUCCGUAUUUUCGCGGUUGCCUUAGAACCGCAACGGGAACUCCCCGGAAACAGUCCUCAGAGACUUCUCAAGGAACUCGCGGAACGCAAAAAGGUGACUUCUCCGAAAAAGGGACCCCCAAGAAGGUUCAUCUUAAGGCCCCCAAUAGAUGAUAACAAAUUAGCAGAAAGGUUCCUCAAUAGCCCCCAAUUGUCUCUGAAAUCGUUCCCUCUGUUGAGUUCCUGCUUACCCUCGUCGAGGCUCAACAAUGCCGAUAAGACGUGGAUGGAUGAGUACUUGCUGGAAGCGAAGCAAGCUUUGGGGUACUCUCUUGAGCCCUCGGAAACUCUCGGGGACGAUAACCCGGCAAAGCAAUUCGAUGCAUUGUUGUACUUAGCGUUUCAACACCCGUCGUGUGAGAGAACGAAAGCACGACACGUGAGAUCGGGGCAUUCGAGGCUGUCUUUUCUGGGGCAGUAUGUGAUUGAAUUGGCCCUAGCUGAGUUCUUCUUGCAGAGGUAUCCGAGGGAGUCGCCGGGUCCAAUGAGGGAGAGAGUGUUUGGUUUGAUAGGGAAGAAGAGCUUGCCCAGGUGGAUUAAAGCUGCUAGCUUGCAGAAUUUGGUGUUUCCAUAUGAUGAUAUGGAUAAGAUGCCGAGGAGGGAAAAGGAGGGGCCUGUAAAGUCAGUAUUUUGGGCUUUGCUUGGGGCUAUCUAUCUUUGUUUUGGUAUGCCAGAAGUGUACCGUGUUCUUUUUGAAGUCUUUGGAAUGGAUCCAGAUGAAGAGGAUUGCCAGCCUAAAUUGCGCAGACAACUUCAAGAUGUGGAUUAUGUAUGUGCUGAGUUUGAAGGCAAGCUAAGCUGGCAAGAUAUUGUUGCAUACAAGCCUCCUGCAGAUGCUCUGUUUGCUCAUCCAAGGCUGUUCAGAGCUUGUGUUCCCCCAGGCAUGCAUCGGUUCAGAGGAAAUAUAUGGGAUUAUGACAGCAGAUCCCAAGUUAUGAACACUCUUGGAUAUCCAUUAGAAAUGACAGACAGAAUUCCAGAAAUUACUGAAGCCAGGAACAUAGAGCUUGGACUUGGAUUGCAGCUAUGUUUCAUGCAUCCCUCAAAGUACAAAUUUGAGCAUCCUCGAUUUUGCUAUGAGAGAUUAGAAUACAUUGGCCAAAAGAUACAGGAUUUGGUGAUGGCUGAAAGAUUAUUGAUGAAGCAUUUAGAUGCUCCAGGAUUGUGGCUACAACAGAGGCACCGUGGCCUUCUUAUGAACAAGUAUUGUGGAAGAUAUUUGAGGGCCAAACAUCUCCACCGGGUUAUUAUAUAUGAUGACAGGGUUCAAGACACUUAUGAGCACAACCGAAGAAAGAGAAACCCGGCCACAACAGCUGUUCAACAAGCCCUUCAUGGGCUUUCCUAUCUUGUUUAUGGGAAACGUGAUGUGAGACGUCUAAUGUUUGAGGUUUUUGACUUUGAGCAAAUCCAGCCUAAAGAAGUCUAAAUAUGAAGACAAUAGCGACACAACGAUAGAGAGCACAUUCGUUUUUCAUUUUUAUCUCUUUGGUUUUUCUUUUCUACCCGUUGAUUUGGGCUUUCUUCUCAUAUUAUGAUUAUGAUUUGAUCCAGCAUGUUGUAGGCGAUUUGCAAAUUCUUCGGAAGUUGCGCUUGUAUAUAUUCGAUGUAUUUUAUUGUUUUGAUACUGUGCGCCGUAGACAACCCCAAGUGCAAAGAUGAGGAUACAUAUAUGAUUACUUGUUCUUCUCCUUGACUUAGACCAUAGAACAAAAGCAUGACGAUCAAAAUGCGACGUUGGUAUGAUUAUUUGGUAAUUAGACUUGAGAUUUUCACAACGUAUAUGAGAAAACCAAGAAUAGCCC